AUGCUCAAAAGCCACCCACCCCUGCACAGCAAACACCGCAAGCUCACCCAGACCAUGUCAUCGCUCUUCCCCCUGCUCCGAUCGCUGCUCAUCUCGCCACUCAAGCCGGCACAGGAGGACCGGCGAGGGCCGGCGAGCAUCCACCAUGUCAUCCAGGAUAGGGACCGCGGCGGAUUCACGACCCCAGACCGCCAGCAGGACCAUCUCUCGUUCCAUGAUACCGGGCUGCGGGGCCCACAGGGCGCGCUGAUCGUCCUCGAAGCCCUCGCAACCAACCCAUUCGCAUCAACACUCACCCUCAGCCACAACGCACUCGGCGACGCCGGCGUCCGCCAGCUCGCCAGCAGGCUCCGCUUCCUCAAAAAGCGCCGCACAACCCCCAUCCACGAACUCAAUCUGGCCUCAAACUCGCUGACCGACGCCGCACUGGCCGAGCUCUGUCGGGCCUGGGACGGCCUCGUCGAGCUCUACCUCUCCAACAACCUCAUCACCCUCAACAGCUCGCCCUCACCCCUCCUGGCCGGCCUCGGCAACCUCACCCUUCUCUCGCUCACCUCCAACCCGAUCGACUACCGCUCUCGCUCAGGGCCCCUCGAAUGGCUUGCCGUGAAUGGCAACAAUUGGGGGACCCGUGGAUGCGAACGGAUCGUCUGGGCCUUGGCCCGGUGCGGGGGGAACAGCAGCCUCCUCCGUGUCGAAAUGUUGGCAUGCGAUGCGCCCCGCUCAUCCGAACCCGAAAAUCAACUCGGAGCCGACGAUCAAGACCAGGCGGAACUGAUCAAGUUGAUGGGAUUCAAGGACUCGGUUGAUCGUGAGGACUGUCGACUGACCAUCGAGCUCGAAGGGGGCUGGAAAAAUCUCCUCGAGAAGUGCGAGAGCCGCAACCAAGCCUUAAGGCUAGCCACUCGACGGGCGGCCUUAGGACUCAUCAGCACUGCACGCCCCAUCCUCUUGAGCACCCCUGCCCCUGAAUCUGCACUAGGGCCGGUGAGGGCCAAGGAGGUGUUCCCGUGGGACCGGCUCCCAGAAGAACUCAAGCUGAACAUCUGGAGAUGGGUUGCCAUCUUGAGCGCUUUCCCCGGCUUACAAGGCUCUCCUCCUCGAGCCGACCCGUCCAAUGGCCCCUCGAUCGAGCUCGAUAACACCGUACAAUUCCGACAGAGCCCGUCGACCUUCGUCGAUCCGCUCAUCUCCCGAGGAACACCAGCCGAGCACCCCCCACACCCCUUCAUCCUCCCCGACCCUCUGACCCCUUCCCAACUUCUUAGCGUCAUCAAUUACGCCCAGGAUCGCGAAUGCUUGCAGGCUGAGAUCGGGCUCAGAGAAGAGGCCAUCUUCUCUCACCUUCUCAGCUCUAAAGCUUCAUCUUCAUCCUCGGUCCAUCGCCAAUUGGUCGACACGAUUAGGCGAGACGCUGAUAUCGAUCGUCAAGGUCGCGCUUUUAUCCUUAACGCUUGUGGGUGUCUUAGGUUCCAGGGCACUAUUUAA